UUCACCGCCCCGGCUUUCGAGGAGGCCCCGGGGCUGCCCCCCGGCACCUGGGCAGCUUUGGGGCUGGAGGCCCUGGCUUUUCUCCUGGGGGUCCCGGGGAACGUCGCCGUCAUCUGGGUGAGCGCCGUCGCCCUCCGGCGCACGGUCAACGGCGUCUGGUUCCUCAACCUGGCGGUGGCCGACCUCCUCUGCUGCCUGGCCUUGCCCUUCCUGGCCCUCCCGCUGGCCCAGGACCACCACUGGCCCUUGGGGGCCUUCGCCUGCAAGCUCCUGCCCUCCCUCACCGUCCUCAACAUGUUCGCCAGCGUCUUGCUCUUGACGGCCAUCAGCGCCGACCGCUGCGCCGUGGCCACGCGCUGGUGGCACCGGACUCCCCGGACGGCGUGGAGGAUCAGCGGGGCGGUGUGGCUGCUGGCCGCCCUCCUCAGCCUCCCCUCCUUCGUCCUCCGCACCCUGCGCCGCGACCCCUUCUCCGAGAAGACGACAUGCGGCCUGGACUACGCGGCGGUUGGCCGCGGCGCCGAGCUCGCCCUCGCCGCCCUCCGCCUCUUCGCCGGCUUCGUCGGCCCCGUGGUGGCCAUGGCGGGCUGCUACGGGUGGCUGCUGGCCCGUGGCCACCCCGCCACGCGGCCGGUGACCACCGUGGUGGCCUUGGUGGGCUGCUUCGUGGGCUGCUGGUUGCCCUACCACGGCGUCCUGGUGGCCUUGGCCCUCCACGCACCCGGCGCGGCGCCCUACAAGCGGGCCUUGGGCGCCCAACCGUUGGCCAUCGCCUUGGCCCACCUCAACGGCGCCCUCAACCCCCUCCUCUACGUGCUGCUGGGCCGGGGGCGCGCCCGCUCCCUGGGGGGACGCCUGGCGUGGGUGCUGCGGGACGGGGACCCCCCCGGUGACCCCAGCCCUUGUACCACCGAGGACGUGGUGUAACGGUCAAUAAAGGGUGGUUGUG